GUCAGAGCAGAAGAUAGCAGACAGUGUUUGUGCUUGUUUUGUUCACUAAAAUUUCAAUCUUAAUAACAUUGAUUUAUGUGUCAAGAUUGUUACAUAGUUACCUCAUUCUGUCGUGAUAUCUAACUGCAUACUCACUGAAUCUUAUAAUUCAAAAGUUGUAUGUUUUUAAUGAACGUUUGGUCUUUGUGUAAAUCAGUUUCAUAUCAUGCUAUUGGUUGGUACCCCAUAGGCCUAACUCCAAAAAUCUGGAAUCACAUUGGAGAGUUUCUUGCAGUAUGAGGGUGGUGGGCUGAGAUGGCCGAGUGCCCUUGUUCCAACAUUUCCAUAAUGCAACUCUUCCAUGAACUCAAACAGAAGUUUCCUGCAGUUCCUGACAGUGUCGUUACCGAGUGCAUCAAACUAAACUCACACGACAGAGAGGCAUGUGAGGCAGUGCUGUGUAGGGAGGACCAGGCGUACAGAGGCAGAGUGGCUAGGAUGGCCGCGGAGUCUUGCAGACCAGACACUCUACCGCUGGAGGACACUGUGUGGGACUUUGACCGCAGACUCAUGGGACGACAGUCUCUGGACAGUCUACAGUGUGUGCAUGGAGCACGGCGGAUGUGCAAACAAUACUCGGAAGAGUUCUUGAAUAAACGCGAAGGUGAACAAAUUGGUGCGUUUUCAAGGUUGUCGAUAAGCGACGAGUGGCGGCGUGGUGUGGAGUGCGGGAGUGAAGAUGUGUGUCGUUGUGAGAGGACGAGAGUGAGUGUGAUGUCGUACGGUUCUCCGCACUCGGCCCCUGUUACACCUAGCAACCCCCCGCCACUCCCUCCGGUCACAGUGAAUGUGAGACACACUACGUCAUUGGACGUGGAACCGACACCUCACUACAGACUACCUGAACCCUCCAGACCGUAUACUUCAGUCAACCUGACACUUAGACCACCCUCGUCCGACCCUCAGCCGCCCAUAGACAUCCGAUCCGGGGGUGGAGGGUUGACUUACUCGAGCUGCUCGUACGACCCCCGCCAGGGUUACCAGUCCCAUCUGCAGAUCAGCAUUGGUCCAGGAGGUACAGGCACUGUGACUGCGGCCAGGACACUACACAGGCCUCCCCCGGCACUGCGACCCACGGUGUCUAUGCCUGAUGUAGCCACCACCUCCACUCAGCUCACACAACCUUCAAACACCUUGCUCAACCUACCUCCUGCUACUCGAGCACUGGUGUCCAAGCAGUUAGAGCGCAAGGAGAGGUUAUCCAGAGAGCUGGCCAGGUAUAGAGAGCGACUAAGCAGCAUGAAGGCAGAAAACCACUCUAUGGCCACUGACCUAGAGAAUAGACUGAGAGCACCAAACCCUUCUGCUAGGGUGAAGAAGCUGAAAGAAGAGAUCAGCCUCCUGCAGAUGGAAUGUAACCGGAUGACAAAGGAGGUUUACCACAAUGCAGAGCUCAGGCACGUCAACACUGAAACUUUACCUCUUGGAGAAACCAACGAAGAGUUUUACAAGAACAUUUACAGAGGCCAGCUGUUCCCUAGACAAGCAGUUCGCCAGAGGCCGACGACUGCCCCGGCUGUCACAGUGGUGGGGGAAGGCCGUCACUGGACUUGUCACGUUUGUACAUUCCACAAUCAUCCGGCACUUAACAAGUGCGAGCAGUGUGACAUGCCAAGAAUCAUCACAGGAUCAGAGACUCAAAACAUCCACAUCCAUGUGACUCAUCAUAAUGUUCCUUCUUCACCAUACAGACGAGUUGUACACAGUUGGGUUGUAUGAUAUUGCUCGCCUUUCAUCUGCCUAAUUAAACUUCACCCUUGUAAAUACUUCAGUCUAUUUUAUACCUCGAUCGUCAUCAGACGAUUGACAGUUACCAGUAAGCUACUCAAUAAAUCAAAUCUGUUUUUAUAAUUCUACAAGCGUACAGUGCUAUCUUAGUAAGCUGCAAGGUAAGAGGUAUGAAGGUCAUGUUCCAUAAGUAGUUUAGAACUUAUAUGCAAGAUAUACUACUCCAAUUGUAUGAAAUACCAAAGCAAUGAAAUGUGAAUCAGUAAGCUUAAAUAGAUACCUAUUGAUGAUUGGGUAUUUACUGUAGCAAAAUAUGCUUAAAUUAAGGCCCCUUUUGAUUUCCCGUCGUAGCUGAGCAAACUAGUUCCAAUCUGAGGCCGAAUCCUUGUUACUUACAUUAUCCCAUACUAUUCUAGCAGGCUCGCCCCCUCCCUAAUGGGAUGAUAAGUCUCGUCAUUCAAAAGCAUUCAGAGAUUUGACACUCCUGCCAAGCAGUAUAAGGUUAUAAUCACGUUCUGUGAUUUAGUCUUUGUAAGAAGAGGAUGAAUCACUGUUGAUUACUGUUGUCAGUUUACAGAUAUGCAGAAAUUGUUUUGACAAGAAAUGUGCAUUAGUGGCUUUGAGAGUUUCUUGACGCCCGUACUUAUUUGAACAGCAGGUCGGCAGUGGAUGUUCAUUAGUUUUCAUUGAGAGUGAUUGUAUUUGAGGAAAAUUUGCUUGCUGAUCGGCGUUUUUCAGACUUUUGGUCCUUGAUAGUGAUAUAGAGACGUCCCAAAUUAGUUUGAAUAUGUCCUUGUUCGUUCACAAAAUGGUCUGCAUCCAUAUUUUCCCCUGUCAGUGGUCACUGCCUUAGACCUAUGAACAUCAGUCGACCUACACCAUGGAAAAACAUUGUGCAAGUGAAGAUCACCUCCUAACUAUCUUCACUCUUUUCAAACAUUUUCUAUGUCCAAACACUUUAUUUAAUCCCGUCAACUGGUGAUAAACUUCAAUUGCAGUUGACGACUAAGACCACUGAAAUCCAAUCAUAUAUCUCGAUUUAUACUUGGAGAGUGUACAAUUUUCAUUCAAAAUAGCUUUAAAUACAAUGACAAGGACGAGACUAAUUGAAUGGCUCCCUGGAAAAACGUUCCAUGCGCCGUUUUGUAAACUUUACAGAAACUAAAAAAAAUGUUAAGAGAGUAAUUUUUUAAAGAUUAUUUUUGGAUUUUUUUUAGAUUCUGCUUGAUAGGUCUAGUCAAAACAAUGUUAUAAGGAUUUCUUUCAAGUAAAAAUCCAAAUUAUUAAGCUUUUGACAUUUUAAGUGUAAAUGUAGUGGAAAAACGUUACUUGGGCAUAGUUGAUAUGCACAAGCAACGUUUUUCUACUGAAACAUAGCACUCUACAAUACUGGCAUUUGGAACAUUUUGUAAAGAAUAAAGUUUUAAUAGCUGCAAUAAUUCAUUAUUUUUAUUGCUUAGGUACAGAAAUUCUCAAACUGCAAGUGAAAGAUUUUUUUUACAAUAUUGAAUCUUAUUUUAAUAAACGAAUACACAAUAUCUUGUUAAUGAAACGUACAUAACCCCUAGCCUUUGUAUUACGCUGAUAUUAUUUGUGUGCUUGGGACUUUUAAUUUUUUCAAUAUUGCACUUCAUUUAACUAAAAGAUCACACAAAAUCUUGUAAAAAAACGUAUUAUCUUGGUACAGUAUAGUCAACAGUAUAGUCAGUCACAAAAGGUAUAGUCUUGCAGCCCUUGUGUGUGCAGGAACAUGAGAAAUCCUUAAAUAAAUCAGCCCAUUCACCUAACAAAAAUAACAUAUAAGACAGUAAACAGUAAAUUGACAACAGCUAGGUUGUAAUUUACUAAUAAUAAGUAUUUAGAAAUGGAAAUUAAAUUCCUAUGUCCUGGUAAAUAUUCUGGAUCACAAACGUUAUAGUGUUCAACUGUAGUGUGCACUGUCGCACAAGUAACGUUUUUCCAAUUACUUCAGAAACAGGUAAUUUUUCAGGCACUACUUCAUUUUUGUAGUUUUUUUACUCUUCCCCGCUAUUUCUAUGACUCUUCUUAACUUUCUUCUUCCAAAAAUCUAUGUUUAACUUUAGUUUUUUGCCUCUAUUUAAUUGUUUAAUAAGGCCUGACACCGGUGAAGACAUGGUCUUGUCCGCCCAAUAGCUGUACAAGGAACGUUCUUCCAGGGAGUGCCAAAUUCCCCUACCCAUAAUUCAAUGUUUUAGUUAUAAAAUCGGCCAAAAGAUGUCGCCACUUGAUGGACAAAAGCACAAGGAACGUUUUUCUAUCAAAAACCUGCAAACUCUAAUUCUGGCGCUUGGAACGUUUUUCCGGGGAGCCAUUCAAUUGUCCAUCCUUGUGGGAACCAUCUAGAAUAGUAGUGGGUGCAGUAAGGAACACAAGGUUGGUUUGAGAUUUUAACUAGCUCUCUAAGCUAGGGCAGGGAGCCAAUGGAGACUUUAAUUUAUGAACAGCCCUUGUAUGUGUCACAUAAUGAUAACCACAAUUAAAAUUAAAUAACUUUACAGUUUCAUAUUUAUUAAUCUGAACUGUUUUCUUCAGCAAAAUCAGCAAUGUAAAAAAAUUUACAUUUCAUCUCCUUGACCUUCAUAUAGGAUAUGGAAAAAAUUAUAGGAUAUUUGGUCUGCAACUCAUCUGGAAAAAUGCUUCAAAAUGCUGAUCUUGCUGCAGUAAUAACAAACAAAUACUUUAAAAUCAAUCCAUCAAUCUAACUUGCGUACUGUAUACAGUUGCAUAGAAGAAAAAUAUAUGUAGCAUUCAUAUUUAAUGAUUGUGAUAAUUUUGUGCUUUAGGCUAUGUUUUGUCUUCUAAAAUGUGCUUUGGACUCUAAUAUUAUUUGCAAACCUUGGCUGAUCAUAGUAUAAGGAUGUGUCACAUUGGUUAUAAACAUGACUUUGGAUAACAAAGAAGAUAUCCCAUUUAUUUUGACCAGGUUUGUAUCGUGGUACCGAGAGAGGAUAGUAGUGAGUCAUUUUCUUAUACUUAUAAUUGUUGCAAGGUCAUAUUCAUAAUUGGUCCUAUGGUUUGCAAAAUGUUUAAACUUCUCUUUGGCACAUUUUAAUAGUUUUGUGUAUAAAAAAGAAAAUGGUAUUGUAACACUAUGUCAGUGGCUCAAUCAAACUUGGUUAUUUCUAUAAUAGUCUACUCUAAAACUGGCUAAGACAUUAUGUGAAAAUAAUCUUUACUCAGCAGUUGAGAAUCUAGUCAAAGGUAAUGAGUCCUCAAUGUAGCUUCUAAAAAUAUUGUUACCAGCCUGUUAACUAUCAGGACCUUAGUGUAAUCAAACAAUACAUUUAUUCUUAUAAUCUAAGUGUAUUUUUUAAUAAUCUUUAAAAGUUAAAUAAUAUUUGCUGUUAUUUUAUAUGAAAGUUUGUGGAAGCAUUUAAAGUAUUUAAGGCAAAAGAUUAUUUGUAAUUUUUGUGAUAUUAGUCAUUAGAAUGAUGGAAAUGUGCUUACCAAUACUACUUUUAGGAUUAACCAACAAUAUAGGGUCAAUAAAAAGAGUAUGUGAUUAACAUUCUUAAUAACAAUAACUGUAUGAAAACUAUGUGGUAAAAAUGAGUUUGACUUUGAAAAAAUUUGGGAUGGAUCCUUUUGGAGUAAUUUAUUCAAAAUGCUCGAGUUAUGCCCUUAACUUGAAAAUGAUAACAUUAGAAAGGCCUAGACAAACUCGGAAAGUAAUAGGUCUUCAAAACGGCACACGGAAGAUUUCUCAGGUGCCGUUUGACGUCACUAACUGCUGACGUCACUUUGAGGGAACACCAUUACCGCAACGAUAUGGUUUCGAGCCAACGGCCUCAGUGGUGUAGUGGAUAGCGUGUCUAGCUAAUAAUCCGAAUGUACCGGGUUCGAAUCCCGCUGAUAGCACUAACUUUUUGUCAACAAUUUUUUUUCAUAUCAGCAAGUUUGGUUGGUUUGGUUAGGUUAUGAUAGUUUAAUUUUAUAAUUAAAAAAUUAUAAAAUUGAAUUUUAGGAUUAUUUUAUUUUAUGAACAAAACUACUUUUUAGAUUAGUAAACCUUCAUUCGAUUUUUUUCAUUAUCAGCACGUUUGGUUAGUUUGGUUAGGUUAUGACAGUUUAAUUUAAUAAUAGAAAAAUAUAAAAUUGUCUGUUUCUUCAGACUCAGCAGUUAAGUGACGUCAGCAAUUAGUGACGUCAAACGGCACCUGAGAAAUCUUCCGUGUGCCCCACCGAUAGGUCUUCAGCUCAAUCAUGAGAAAAGUCUGUAGCGUUUUGAUGGUUAAAAACUAAACCCAGCUGUCCUUAGCCAAUGGGCUUUCAGUAAAUAGUCCUAGUUGAAGUAUCAGCUGAUCUUAGUCAGUAACAAAACUGUCAUCUUAUUCAUUUUUGUUUCUAAAUAUUUGGGUAUGCAACCGUUUUUUAAUCUAAUCUAAGAGGAGCAUAAGUUAAAAAACCCAAAGAAAUCUGUCGACUGUUAAGUUUUUUUACAUAAAAUUUAUACAAUUAAAAGUUUGUAACUAUUUUUAUUUGAGUAGGCUUUUCUGGCCUUAUCAAAAGCCCACUAUGAAUUUAGGAUUUUGGGUGUUAUUUUAUGCAUUAUGUAAAAAAUAAACUGUGACAUCUGUCAUGUUUUGUCUAGCAGUUUUACCAGUUUCAAACAAAUCAAAAUGUCAAAUUCUCGAUCGCUUCUCA